AUGACCAACCUCUUGACCGACCCUGCCCUCUUUAUUUUCACCUCCUUGACAGCUGGCUCGUCCCACAUCGUCACGGCCACCUCACGUCUCGAGACCAUCCUACGCGCCAACCGAGUUCCCUUCAAAGCCGUCGAUAUUGCAGUCGACACCAAGGCUCGCUUGCUAUGGGGCCGAAGAGCCGGUAAAGACAAGAGCGGUCGCCCAAGGAAACUUCCUGCUCUGGUUCAGGAGGGCUGGGUUAUAGGUGAUAUUGUUGAAAUCGAAGAAUGGAACGAAUAUGGCGAGCUCAAGGAGCAUGUCACGAUUUACUUCGACGAAUUCACCAUCCCCUCCAUCAACGAUAAGCUUCCCGAGCCCCCGCUGAAACGGCCCAUCGACCUUACUGGCGGCCUUCUUGCUUCCAUGACCCCUUCGCCUAUGGCCAAAGCUGUAGCAGCUGCAGCCGCCAGCGCCGCUGCUGCUCCGAAGCCUGCGCCUGCUGCGCCUCCGCUACCAGCAGCCAAUGCCGCCGCAUCUUCUGCGACACCGAAGGCUUCUACAGAAUCUAAGAAGGAAGAGAAGGCCCUACCUGUCCGAUCCGUCGCCGACGAAGCUGCGCAAAAGGCUAAGGAACUUCGCCUGAAGACUCUGCGAGAAAAGGUCCAUGGCAAGGAUGGUACGAAGGCUAAGAAGGAAGACACAAGCGCAAAGGAGACUGGAAAAUCUAAGAAAUCAGAAACUCCUGCCGCAAAGACCGAUGGCAUUCAGUCACCAACAUCCAGUUCCUGGGCCGAGACGGAUGCAGGACGAAACGCUAUUCAGAGUCCGACAACUGGCACUUGGAAAGAAAGCGGUCCAGGUUCAGUCUCCUCCUUGAAACGAGCCAGUGUGGAGGUGAGCCCAGACGAGGCCAAGGCUGCGGAAGCUAAGGCGGCCAUAAAGGAAGAGCCUCGAUUGGAAAAGAAGGCUGAGACAAAGUCGGACGAUGAUGAUGAGGAUGAGACGGGGGAGGAGGAGGAGGAGGACGACGACGACACUGAUGAGGACAGUGACGAGGACAGCGAAGACGAUGAAGACGAAACAGACGAUGAGGAAGAAGCAACUAAGAAGCCUGCAGUAACGCCAGAACCCGAGGCGGCAGCAGCAGCAGCACCUGCAGAAACUACAGAAGCUGCCAAAGAUGACAAGGCCAAAGAAGAGUCCGAGAGCACCAAGAAAGACUCCCACAGAGACUCGAAGAAAGACUCUAAAAAGGACCACAAGAAAGAUGUCAAGAAGCCUGUUAAGAAGGAUCCCAAGAAAGACACCAAAAAAGACGUGAAGAAAGACCCCAAGAAGGAUUCCAAGAAGGACCCUAAGAAGGAUAGCAAGAAAGAUACCAAGAAAGACACCAAGAAAGACACCAAGAAAGAAGUCAAGAAAGAAGUCAAGAAAGAAGUCAAGAAGGAUGCCAAGAAAUAA